AGGUUGAGGGGAAUCAGGCCUGGCGGCCGUACCUGCGGGUGCCUGAGUGCUUAGUGCCAGGAGUCCCCGAGCGCGGGCUGACUGGAAGUUAAUGUUUGAUCCUCCCCGUGAUCUUUGCCUCAGGCUAGCUGCAGCCCGGUUGCCUAGCCGAGCAAACUUGGCCUUGGGACAGGGAGGGCCGGGGCUCACCAGGAGAGGGAAGAAAGGGGAGGCUAGUCCAGCGGUCAUGCCCCCCUACUUCACUCUGUCCUAGGGCUCUCCUCCUCCCACCAUCCAUAACCACGUCCUGGAGCAAGACCUGCGUUUCCAGCAUAUUUUGUAAUCCUAGGAGCUUGGAAAAACGAUGGACCCUAAGGGUGGGGGAGGGAGGGUUGCUGGAUCCAUGGAAUGUCAGGGAGCCCCAGAGUAGACAUGGGCAUGUCCAUAUAAAGACCAGAGCCUCAGUUUCUUCAUCUGUAAGAAGAUGAGAUUACCUUCUUCCUAGGAAGGAGUGUCAGUGGAUUUUUGUCUCUGCUGGUAGUAGUGAGGGUGGAAAAGAAGUGAAGCCCUUAGGAAGACUUGGACUGGUGCUUGGGAAGGGUUAGAGAGUGACACCUGCUUUUGCACAAUCAGAGGAAACACAGAAACCUGCAGUGUUGGGAGCCCCCGUCCUGGGAUGCUCCAGUGUCAGUGAAACUGAGCCUCAAGUCAUCGGGAGCAUUUUCCCAACUCGGGGGCAGCAGAGCCCAGUCCAGGUCUCCUGAACCAAAUUCCACCUCAGGUUAUCCCAGGCCUGCCCCUUAGUGGCCCCAGAUUUGGACCAGAAGAUUCUGGGCCUCUGGAUGAGAGUCGGGGAGGGGUGGAGGGGUAGGGAAGUUUAGGAGACCUGGCUUAGGAGAAAGGCAGCUUGACUGAGGAGGAAGGGACAUGCCCUGGCCUCCCCUCACUCCUUUUUUGGACCUAGACCCGCCACUCUAGUUUCCCUCUCUGGCCUCGAUUUCCUCUUCUGUGAAGUGGGAAGAAGAAAUGGUAUCCCUUGUCAAGGGUUCCUGUGGAAGUACCCAGAGCUCUCUCCAGGAAAAAUGCAAGUCUGGCCACAGGGUCCCUGUAGCAAGGAGCCAGUCUGCAGCCACGUCUGCGCCUGGGUUUUUGGCAGCAUCUGGGUGGGCACAGAACUCUGGGCAUGUGACAGAGAAAGGUGGGGCCUGCUCUGGGAGCGACAGUGGACCCGCCCAGUGGUGGUUUGGGAGAGGAGGGCACACUUCCUGUAGUAAGACGGAUCUUCCACGUUGCAGCUCAGGCCCGGAGUUUACUGCCAGCUCCUGAAAUCCCAGCAACUUAGGGCUUUUGUCAGAUGCUGUGAGCAUGCACCAGCUGUAAUAGCUUCAAACAGCCUAACACCAGGAGUCACAGCUACACAUGCACAUAAUCACAUAUGACAAACAUAACUACAUACAUGCAGCCACACACAAUAUUGCUAAACAAGCAACAAUGAACAUAACUGUGUGAGAUGUGUUACUGACCCUGACAUGACUGACACACUGACCAUUAUAUUUGUAGAAAGAUACACAAAGACAACUACACACAUGCCUAUACAUGUGCAUGCACACAAUCAGCUACACCGAGACAUGCAAAGCUACAAACUUAGCGAACAGCCGCACUUACAUGUUCAGACAUAACUCAUGCAUCAUCCCACAAAGACAGAUAAACACAUCAGCUCCCACUGGACCAGAGAUCCUGCUGGCUGCAUAUGCCAUACGCACAUGUGUAGAGACACACCUGGCAACAUUUGCACAACUUUGUGAGCCCAGCUACAACUGGGGCUCAUGGCUCUUCUCCACCAUGACCCAGUUAUACAGUGUGACACACGGAGACUCACGCCCAGUGGUGAGCUGGAACUGGCUUAAACCCGAUUGUUGAACUUUCAGGAAUUUUGCAAGCCAGUUACUAAGUACAGCCAUUGUUUUUAACAUUAAAUUAUAUGCUUACAGUUAAAUAAAUUAUGUUAAAAACAAAGGUCAUAUAAAAACUCCAAAAUCAUUACUUCCUUAUUAUUUUAUUAUACUUUACUGUCAUCUAUGGUCUGGAGGUUAUUUAAUUCUGUUAUAUCAAUAUGGUGGAAGUACUGAGCAAUGGUCUCAUGUCACACAUCUCUUCCCAAUACCUCCAGUGCAGUGGCAGCAUCUCAGUAGCUUGACAUUAGGAAAUUGGCAAACACUACAGACGAAUUUCUUCCUUUGAGAGCUUGUUGCUUAACACUGACCAACAUACCAGUGUACUUGUUCGUGUUGAAAUUCCAUGAUUGUACACAUUCAGACAGAUCUAUGUCCAUACCUACCUACACGGUUGUAUAGUGGUUCGAACCUGAAAGGCCUGAGUUAGAAUCCCAGGUCAGUUCCUUGUAACUUUGGGCAAAUUCACCUCUGUGUCUUGGAUUUCUCUUCUGUGAAAAUGGGAAUAGUAAUAAGACCUACCUUAUAGGGUCAUUGCAAGAUUUAAGGGAGAUAAUGCAUGUAGAAUACUUAGAACGUGCCCAGCAGACAGUAAGCCUUUAAUUAGUGGUACAGGCAGUUAUAUGCACACUCAUCCACAGUUCACCCCUCUGAAAACAGACUGUGAACUCAAGUUCUAAGGAAGGCUGAGGAGGGCAGCCCUUGGGACAUGGCCCAGGAAGCCUGGUAGGGCGGGGAUUGGCAGCUGACAGUGGGGCCAGGGCAAGGGGCAUACAGGAUGGAGUCAGCUGGUGCUCCCCAGGGAACCAGUCUCCAGGCAGGAGGCCUAGGCUGGCUUCUAGGAAGUGGAUGGGAAGGAGAAGGCUGAAAUGGAAAUGGGUCAGGGGUGGUUCCAAUUUUCAUAUCUGCAUCUCCUUUCUUCCCCUCCCUCUCUCCCCUCCCACCUUCUACUUUCUGCUUUAUUCACCCAUUCAGGGAGCAUGGGGCUGUUGCUGAACCUGGAAUUCUCAGAGAUUAAACAGUCCUCUUUACCUGAGAGAAAAGAAAGUAUAUGUCCAUACAAAGUCUUGUACGGGAAUAUUUCCAGCAGCUUUAUUUGUAGUCACCCCAAACUGGAAACUACCUGCAGUCCCAUUAACAAGUGAAUGGAUAAACAAAUUGUGGUGUGUGCAUACAAUAGAAAACAGCUCAGUAAUAAAAUGGAACUGUUCAGCUGUGCAGCAAUAUGGAUGAAUCUCAAAAUAAUUACACUGAGUGAAAGAAGCCGGACAAAGAAUCCAUUACAGUCACUUUCUGUAAAACCCUUAAAAAUGCAAACUCACCUAUAGUGAGAGAAAGCAGAAUAGUGGUGGCCUGGGGUUGGGGGUGUAGGGAGGGAUGGAAUCUGAAGGGACACAAGGAAAGUGCUGGGGAUGCUGACUGUGUUCUUAUCUUGAUUGUGGUGAUGGUUUCAGGGGUGUGCACAUAUAUCAAAACUCAUCACAUUGUAGCCUACAGUAUGUGCAGUUUAUUGUAUGUCAAUUAUACCUCAAUAAAACUGUUUUUUAAAAAAAAGCCAUGGUCCUCAACCUACAGAAGCUGACAGUUGGGAAGUGAGGGGAGCCAGAUAUGGACAUGAAAGGAGAAGCAAUAAGCUGUGAAGGAAUUAACUUUAGACGAAGAGAUGGGGCAGGGGAGAGCAUGCCCUGGGGAAGGAACAGCGGAACCCAUGGCUGAGGGUCAGGCCGACUGGUUCAGGCUGGACCCUGGCUCAGAGGGGCUUGAACCCAGCUAGGUGGUAAGAGGUGGAGUCAGACAGCUGGUCUGGGGCAGACGCUUUUCCUUCUCUCCUCCUUCCUGUUCCCUGUCUGUCCUUUGACCACUUGUGUGUCCUGUGUCCUUGUGUACCUGUGUCCUGCCGCUGGAACAGUCUCCUCCCUACCUCCUGCCUCCUCCUUCCCACUGAGAUCGCGCAACGGUCAGAGAGGGGCCUGAGGCAGAACCCACAGGCCUCAGCGCUCACCUUGUGGCCUCCCACAGGAAGGGGCCCUCGACCUUCUGAAGAAGCUGAACAGCUGUCAGAUGUCCAUCCAGCUCCUCCAGACCACCAGGAUUGGAGUAGCCGUUAAUGGGGUCCGCAAGCACUGCUCUGACAAGGAGGUGGUGUCCUUGGCCAAAGUCCUCAUCAGAAACUGGAAGCGGCUGCUAGAGUCCCCAGCGCCUCCCAAAGGAGAAAAAGGAGAGGGAAGAGUAAAAGCAAAAAAGAAGGAAAAAGGACUUGACUGUUCCAGUUGGAAGCCAGAGACAAGCCUUUCUCCACCAAGGAAAAAACACGUGGAAGAGCCCAAAGAUAGGAGAGACUCUGUGGACUCCAAGUCUUCAGCCACCUCCUCUCCCAAAAGGCCAUCGAUGGAAAGAUCAAACAGCCUCAAAUCGAAAGCGGAGGCCCCCAGAACACCCAGCAGCCCCUCGAGCCCCACCUUUGCCCCCUCCAUCUGCCUCCUGGCGCCCUGCUAUCUCACAGGAGACUCUGUUCGGGACAAGUGUGUGGAGAUGCUCUCAGCAGCCCUGAAGGCGGACGACGAUUACAAGGACUAUGGAGUCAACUGUGACAAGAUGGCAUCAGAAAUUGAAGAUCAUAUCCUUGAGCUGUGCCAGGGCUGUGGGGGCCUGGACUGUCCAGCAGCAGGAGACCAAGAAAAUGCGGCUGUGUUCCCUGAGCUCCUCCAGAGGAUGGAGAAGGGAGGGGGUGGGAGGCCUGCCUGGGACGCAGCGUCUGGACAGAGAACUCACUGUGGUCGUUGGCUGGGGCGACUUCCUGCAGAGAGAGUGGUGAGAGCAUUACCGAUAGGAGGGGUUCUGGCUUCCAGCCCUGCCUCUGCCGGGAAUUUGCCCUGUGACCUUUAGCAAGGGCCCGCACCC